AGGUUGGCUCGGAGACCCAGACUCUUGGCUAAGUUCUGCAGGUCACUGUACUUGAGGGAGUCCAGCUCCUCUAGGGAAGGGAUGAUCAUCGCGAUUCAAAAUCCUGGCGAUACUCAGAAGAUGGAUCACCAAAUCUCGUAAGCGAGGUUCAAAUCCCUGGCGCCACUCUUAAUUCUGACUAAGCAGAAAUUUAUAGACAGUUUAAAUGAAGAAUGCCGCGCUUCCAUUGGUUGAAAAUGACUCAAAGGCGGGGUUUCUAACCCUGACCAAUAGAAAGGCUGAUUUCCCGUCCCAACAGUCGCGCGCUUUUCUCACACUUCACGAAUACGCAGGCGCCGAAGGACCUGUAAGGCCGGUUCCGGUAACGAGUGCGCGGACUGGGACUCCAGUGCUUGGAUUGCCCACGAUGUCCAAUGAGGACGCAGGAGCUGUGCUUGGGGCGGGGCCUGGCGUGUAUUCGAAACGACGGCGCCGGCUGAGAGAAGAUGGCAGCUCAGUCGCGGCGGCAUCGCUCGCCUUGUGCAACGCCGCCCCAGGGUGACUUUUGUGAUGGCACUGAGAGGGCGAUUGACGAAGCUUCUUUUACGACCUCCAUGGAGUGGGAUACACAGGUGGUGAAGGGGUCCUCGCCGCUCGGCCCCGCAGGGCUGGGGGCUGAGGAGCCGGCCGCCGUCUCGCAGCUGCCGUCUUGGCUGCAGCCUGAGAGGUGCGCUGUUUUCCAGUGCGCACAGUGCCACGCCGUGCUCGCCGACUCGGUGCACCUCGCCUGGGACCUGUCGCGGUCCCUUGGGGCCGUGGUCUUCUCCAGAGUUACAAAUAACGUCGUUUUGGAAGCGCCCUUCCUAGUUGGCAUUGAAGGUUCACUCAAAGGCAGUACUUACAACCUUUUAUUCUGUGGUUCCUGUGGGAUUCCCAUUGGUUUCCAUCUGUAUUCUACCCAUGCUGCCCUGGCUGCCUUGAGAGGUCACUUCUGCCUUUCCAGUGACAAAAUGGUGUGCUAUCUCUUAAAAACAAAAGCCAUAGUAAAUGCAUCAGAGAUGGAUAUUCACAAUGUAUCUCUAUCAGAAAAGAUUGCAGAGCUGAAAGAGAAGAUAGUGCUAACGCACACUCGCUUAAAAUCACUAAUGAAGAUUCUGAGUGAAGUGACUCCUGACCAGUCCAAGCCAGAAAACUGAUCUUGUACAAAAGCUUGAGUGUCAGGUUCAGGCUUUAUUGCUGUCUUCAACAACAAGUGCUGUUUAGUCAUUUCUCAAAAAGACUGGCUUUGGGAAAUGCAGUUUCUAUCUACGAUUAGGCUGAUUGUCCAAAUGAUUUGUGAAGCUGUUUUUAGAAGAUGAGAAACUAAGGAUUCUUCUGUUUUAUAGCUAUUUGCCUUAAGAACUUAGAUUCUGAUUGAAUUCAUAAUACUUAUUUCUGAAGAUGUCUUUGACUGUAAAUUUAGGAAUUAAGAUGCAAAGUCCCAUGUGUCCUCUGAUCUAAAGUUGCAUGGUUGGUCUGAAAAUAGAGUUGGGCUUAAUGUUGAGUUCUAGUACUCCUGAAUGGAGCAGUUGUUAUGAAUAUUAAUAAAUCAUUUUUUAACUUAUGUAAAAUACAGAUCAUAAUAUUCUAUAGGUAAUGUUUAAUAAACUGCCUGAAUAAUAUACAA